GUCUAACUCCCCGCGGCCUCUGAGUCAGUACCACCCUUGCAUUGAUCGAGAACAAACAAAACAUCCCGGUGUUCCCCGGCCGGUAACCCAGAAAGAUGGUGCGGACUCCCCGGGACUCGUUUCUCUGUCUGCUUUGUACAGGGGCCUGUUUGGUGCAGGGGAAGGAGUUCUGUUUUGGGGAGAACAGGGAGCCCUACCGCUGUGAGAUGGGGUACUGCUGCGGAGAGACCGAGUGCUGCACCUACUACCAUGAGCUGUGGUGGUUCUGGCUGGUCUGGACUGUCAUUAUCCUCCUGAGCUGCUGCUGUGCGUACCGACACCGCAGGCUGAAGCUGCGACUCCAGCAUGAGCAGAGGCAGCGGGAGAUCAGCCUCAUGGCAUACCAGGGAGCCUCGAGCACCUCCACCCCCCUGGCACCCAUCACCCUCCGAUUGUGGUCGAGCUUUAAGCUCCCCGCUUAUGACGAGGUAGCGGGCCACCCCCCCACCCCGCCCCCGCCUUACUCCCCUGAACAGGACGCGGAUCCCGCAGUGAUGUUAGUGACAUCACUGACGCAGCAGCAGCAGCAUCAUGAAGAGGAGUGGGAGGGGGCAGAACCCGGCACCCUGCAUCGUGACACGCCAGCAGAGGGAGGAGCCAGAGCGGGAACCAGUCACGGAAGGGAGAACUGUCUCUCCCGCAGCUCAGUGCGAGUGGAGUCCACUCCCCAAGGGGAGGGGGAAGGGGAGGAGUCCAGCGACACUGGCAGGCGGAGGAGGCACAUGACAGGAGAUUCUGGGAUCGAGGUGUGCGCAUGCCGCGGGGAUGGGGACCCCUGCCUGGAGGAAGAUGCAGGGGGGGAAGGGAGGCUGUGUCAGGGGAUGGCUGGGGAGUGCUGUGAAGCCAGCAGCCUCAACACCAAGCAGCAGCAACGAGACCGAGCGAGCAGCCAGCAAGACACCCGACCUGGGGAGCCUGAACAGAACGGGCUUUAGAGACUCGAGGAGCCCGAACAGAACGGGCUUUUGAGACCCAAGUGUGCAUGUGUGUGUGUGCGUGUGUGUCACUGUCAGUCUUUUACGUUCUAGCUUCUGUUGGUUAUUUGAUUAGAAAUUAGAAAUCAGAGUUUCAGGUUUGUUUUUUUGUUGUUUUUUUCAAGUUACUGUCGUUUUUAAUUCCCUUCUUUUUUCUUUCUUUGUUGAAUAGAUUUUUAAAUUUUGAUUUUUACUGCGUUAUUUAGACCAGAUGAGAAUCAGACUCCCCUUGCACAGGGGUGAGUUUGAGCUUCUUACUUACACACACUGGGGCUCAUCAAGCUGCUAGUAAAACCUGGAGUGGAGUUGAAUAGAAUGGAAUGGAAUGGAACGGGGGGGGGGGUAAUUUGUU